AUGUCGGCCAUUGUGCGCACCACCCUGGACGUCGCCAGCAAUGUAGGCACUCGCAUUGGACACACCACCAACCGUCUUCUCCCACCGAAGCAGCGUGAAGCUGCUCUUGAGAACCUGCGCGCCUUCUCCCUGCGCAAUCCGAAGCUGGCUUCAUUCCUCGCAGCACAGACUGCCCUAGCUGGUCUACCUAUCCUGCUCUUUCUUGCCUUCGCCAUUGCAACCUUCGUCGUCUCCCUUGUCACCUGCGUGUUCAUCGGUGCCAUUGCCGCCCUCCUAUUCACGCUCUUCGUGACCGGCUUCGCCCUCCUCUUUGUGGUUCUCGUUGUUUUCAUCGGCAGCUGUACAGCUAGCAUCGCCUUCCUGUGGGGACUCGCUGCGUACUUGGUGCUACAGCGGAUCAAUGGCGGUGAGACGCCGGUCCAACCUGGCUCAAAAGUUGGCAAUGCCUUGAAUGAGCUAACAGGCGGAAGACUGCGCGAUCUAGUUGAUCGAGCAGAUGCAGACGCGCAGCAGACACGGCUGGCGAUAGAUUUGUCACAAGACAAGGGGGUACCGAAGGAGCGCGAAACUGGGUGCCAAAACUACGAGGCACGUGGUAGUUCACCACGUCGACGACAUCACGGGCAGACCAACGGGUCUAGCUACGGUGGAGAAGUUGGAGAAGAGGGUGAAGAGGGUGGAGUGCGAAGUGCCGAGAUUGGAACGCGACAUUAUCCAGAAAGCCCGCCUGGAACGCAAGAUCGCAGGAUGAGCGAACAUAGCCCUGCGAUUGUGAGGGUAGUCGACUGGAAACCCGAGUUUCAGCAAGAAGGCCUGACGGCAUGA